UACUCCUCCAUUCACUCACAGACACUCCCCAAAGACAACCCUGAGCAUGCAGUCACCAUCCAUUCUCCUGACUCUCUUCUGCCUGGCGCUCAGUACAAGUAUUGCUCUGUCAAUCAAUUCACGCACACCCCUGUCUCUCUUGCGCUUGAGCGAUGGUCAAGGUCUAUACUACAAUGCAACAAGCACAAGAUCUGGCUCAGCUCAGAGUACUAGCUCAGAAAUACCUGCAAGAAACAUCACGCACGCAUCAGCUGGUAAUCUGAUACUGGCAACCUCCGUCAACUGGACGCUCCCAUUGCUGCUCAACACGACGACAAUCCUUGCAACAGCUACUCGCACAAAUGAGACGACACGCAGUUCUCAAGACACUCAUGGAGAUAUACGCAGUACUACAAGAGCAUUAGCACCUCAAUGGACAAGUCUCAUCACCAUGCAAUCGAGCGCACGACCCACGAGAACACCGGUAGUCCGAUUUGUGUGAACACACAUGGUGGCAUGACCAACACUACACAACUGAGGAGCGCUGGCGU